AUGACGUCUUCCGGCAACUCCAAGGUCUCCAGGCCAGGCCACUGGAUUGUUUCCGAGUUCGGCGGGCCCUCAGUCCUCAAAUGGGAACAAUUCUCUUCUCUCCCCGUACCUACUCCAUCGACAGCAUUAGUCCGCAUAUUGAUCUGUGGCAUUUCCGGGGCCGAUAACAACAUGCGCGCAGGCGGUUAUACUCGGAAUCCUCUGGCGGCGCGACCAGGGUUUACCCCGGGUUACGAAAUCGUGGGCGUGAUCGAGGAAUUUGGUGAAGGCACGGAGGACCGCCGCGGCUUCGAGGUUGGCGAUGUUAUUGCUUCGCUCUGCAUCGUUGGAGGGUAUGGUACUCACACAGUCGUGUCGUUGGAUGACAUGCUCAAGCUGAGGAAAGAUGACGAUCUGGUUGCUGCUGCAGCUCUGCCGUUGAAUUAUAUGACGGCGUAUGGGAUGUUGAAGAAGAGUGCAUUUCCUAUCAACGAAAAGAGCCAGUCUGUCCUGAUUGGCUCAGUGGCAGGUGGCGUUGGAACAGCUGUCGUCCAACUUAUCCAGCUUCUUUAUCCCGGUGUGACGAUCAUCGGAACGGCCUCGCCGGAGAAAUUCGCCUACCUGGAGUCGCUGGGCGUGAAACCCCUUGAUAGAAACACGCCACCCGAACAACUUCCCGAGGCAGUCAAGGCGGUCAACGGAGGCCAGGGAGUUGACAUCGCAUAUGAAAUGGCCGGUUCGUUAGCCAGUAUGGAUGCAUUUCUCUCUGCCACGAAAGAAAAGGAUGGAAAGAUGAUCGCCAUUGGGUUUCUGGCCAACGUCAAGGCAGAUGGAAGUGGCUUGGCAGCCACGAUAUUCGAUCCUCUCGCUUACUGUGCUGACCGACCCGACAGGACAAGCUUCUUCAGCGUCACAAACCAUUACUGGAAAGGGCAACGAGCAAUCUUCAAGAACGAUUUUGAACACGAGCUUCUGCGUCUGGUUCGGUCAAAGAGUCUGGUUCCUGUCGUCAGCAAGCUAUGGAGGCUGGAGGAUGCCGUGGAGAUCAACGAGUUGCUGGCCACUGGCCGAGGGAUCAUGGGGAAGCAUGAGAUGGUGGUGGACGAGGACCUUUGGAACAAGUACACUGCCAGCAGGUCGGAGUGA